UUUUUUAACAACAACCCACAUUCCAAUUCAUCACUCACAACACAAUUGCACAAAAAUCUUGAAUCUCUUCACAAAAACAAAAAUCACUAAAAUCUUGAAUUUAUUCAUCCCAAAAAAAAAAAACACUAUAGAGCUUCCAAUUCCAAAUUCUAGCAACUACCCAGAUUCCAAUUCAUCAACCCCAAUACAAUUUCACAAGAAUCUUGAAUUUUUUCGCCAAAAAAAAAUUUCACUAAAAUCUUGAAUUUUUUCACCCAAAAAAAAAAAAGACACGAUAGAGCUGCCAACUCCAAUUUCUAAGAACAACCCAGAUUCUAAUUCUUCAAUCACAAUUCAAUUCCACAAAAAUCUUGAAUUUUUCACCCAAAAAUAAAAUAUAUUUUUAAUAAACAAUGGUGAAACCCAAUAAAAAAGAUAUGUCUGAAUGUUCACCUUCGUCGUCGUCGUCGUCAUCGUAUAGAGGAGUAAGAAAGAGGAAAUGGGGAAAAUGGGUUUCAGAAGUUAGAUUACCAAACAGUAGAGAAAGAAUUUGGUUGGGUUCUUAUGAUACACCAGAAAAAGCUGCAAGGGCAUUUGAUGCAGCACUUUUUUGUUUAAGGGGUAAAAGUGCAAAUUUUAAUUUUCCAGAAAAUCCGCCAGAAAUAGUCAACGGACAGUCAAUGACACGUUCGGAGAUACAAGCUGCGGCGGCCCGGUUCGCGAAUAUGGAUUCGGAUCCACGUGUCAACCCGAGAGAGCAUUCGGAUCAUUCAUCGUCGUCCUCUGAAAUGUUUCGAGCAGAGUCGCCAUCUGUUUCUGUUUCUGACAGGAUGGAAAGUGAAAAGACUGAAAUGACCCUGGAUAAUGGAUUUAUGGACAUGUUUAAUUCGAUGGGGACAGCUAAUGACAUGUCCAAUUUUGGAAUUUUUCCGGGUUUUGAUGAUUUAUCUAGUGAAUUUUGUGUACCACCACCAAUGCCUAAUUUGGAAUCAGAAGAAGAGAACUAUCUCAACUAUGAUGGUUUUCAAUCACAAGGGUCUUCAUUUCUUUGGAAUUUUUGAAGAUAGAAGUGUUGACUAUAUUCACAGGGAUUAAUAUAAAAUUAGGAAAGGUUCAGAUACAAUAAUAACAUACUCAGUAUAAUCUCACAAGGAAAGGUUGAGAUGGUAACAAUAAUUAUUGAGUAGCAUUUAAGGGAGCUUAAAUUUGAAUUGUAAACUUUAGUUGUUGAUUUGUAGACAAUUCUAGACAUUUUUUUGGUUGCUAGAAUUGCUACCACAUGUGAUUCUAUACUUAGGAGGAUAUACUCUUCUUCUGCCACUGAAAAUUUUGUUCCCUAUAA